AUGGCAUUGAAGGCCAAAAGCAGUGAUAUAGAUGAGUCCUCUAAUGAUGAAGAUUACAAGAUGAAAUCCUACAUCACCUUGCAAUUCAAGAAAUUUAUGAAAAAUGCCAAUGCAAAAGGAUUCAACAAGGACCAAAAGCAAUCUAGUUCUUCACAAUUCAAGAGCCAAGAUAAAGGGAAGAAAGACGCUAAGGAUGGCGUCACCUCUGUUGUUGGUGGGAAUAAUGAGACAGACCGGUCUCUUUUGUCAAUGGCAAGGGGUUACCUGUGGUCGUCGACAUUAGAGGGUCACAGUGUUGGACCUGCGAUCUUCGAAACUCGUAGGCUCUAUAUCACCACAUGUUGUGGUACUAUAUCAUAUGCAGUUAUUGGUCUCUCACUCUCACCAAUUGCUCUAGACUUUUCAGCCAACAAAUUUACUGAUGUCCUUCCUAUAGAAUUAUUGAAUUUGUCUUAUAACGAUUUUGAUGGUGAGGUACCAACAAAUGGAGUUUUCAAAAACACAAGUGCAACUGUGAUUAAGGGAAACAUUAAGCUCUAUGGAGGCAUGCCUAAGUUUGAUCUUUCUAUAUCUACAAAUGCAUUCUCCACCACUAAUUUAAUUGGUGUGGGUAGCUUUGGAUCUGUGAAUAGAGGAAUUCUUGAUCAUGAUAGAUGUAAAGUUGCUAUCAAGGUGUUCAACCUUUUGCACCAUGGAGCUUCAAAAAGUUUUAUUGCUGAAUGUGAGGCUUUGAGAAAUAUUAGACAUUGGAAUCUGGUAAAGGUAUUCACAGCAUGUUCAGGUGUUGACUAUCAGGGUCAUGAUUUCAAAGCAUUGCCUAGCAAUGUUCUUCUUGAUGAUGACAUGAUUGGACAUGUUGGUGACUUUGGGUUGGCAAGGUUCCUUCGUGAGGCCACCCAAAAGUGUCUUGCUAAUCAAUCAAGCUCUAUCGGAUUAAGAGGAACAAUUGGUUAUGCUCCUCCAAAAUAUGGUUUGGAAAACGAGAUGUCAACAUAUGGUGAUGUCUAUAGUUAUGGCAUACUAUUAUUGGAGAUGUUCAUAGGAAAAAGACCUACUGAUAACAUUUUCAAAGACAACUUGAACCUUCAUGAUUUUGUUAAAGGAGCAUUGCCUGAACGAGUCAUUAACAUUGUGGAUCCUAUUAUCCUUUGGGAAAGAGAAGAUAUGGAAACAAUGACAAAUGAUACUCACAUUCAAAGUCAGAUAGAAAGUCCCAAAAUUCUAGGGUGCUUGAUUUUGAUAUUUGGAAUUGGAGUUUCUUGUUCUAUAGAAUCUCCUAGAGAAAGGAUGAACAUUAAUGAUGUUGUGGCUCAAUUGCAUUUGAUUAGAGAAAAGCUCCUCAGAACUAGAAUACGCCAAGAAAGACUUCAACAUAUAGAGACACCUUUGCUUUGA